CCACCUGCCUCUGCCUCCCGAGUGCUGGGAUUAAAGGUGUGUGCCACCAUGACCAGCGGGAGCUUUUCAUUGUAUAUAUCUAAUUACCUAAUUUAUUGCUGUGCAUGCAUGUGUGGCGUGUGUACGUGUGGAGGUGAGAGGACAACUCUAUGAAGUCACUCUCCACUCUCCAGGGAGUUUCAGGGAUUGAACUCGAGGCAUCAGCUCUGCUUCGCCUGCUCUGCCAUCGCUCUAGCCCCUCUUUGGGCUUCUGAGGCAGUCUUGUAUGUAGCUCAGGCUGGUUUCAAACUCGACUCUGCCUCCUAAGCACCAGAGUAACAGGAACAUGCCAACACAGCCAAGUUCCUUAAGAUCGGAUCUCACUAAAUUGCCCAGAUUAGCCUUUACCUCAGUCUGAAGUCCCAGCAUGCCUUAAGCUUGCUACCCUCUUAGCCCGGUCUCAAUAGCUGGGGUUGCAGACAGGCCUUAUGUGUAGUGUUUUGCCUACAUGUAUUUAAGUGACCCAGAUGGGUACAUGCCUGUGGAGGCCAGAAGAAGGUGUCAGAUCCCCUGGAACAGUGCGGGAGCUGACAAGACCUGAACCUUGUUCCUCUGAAAGAACAACAGCAAGUGCUCUUAACUGCUGAGCCAUCCCUCCAGCCCCUACAGUGUGAUUUCUUAAAAGCAUAACUUCUUAUACCAUCCCCCUCUCGUUUGCCUCUUUCCCCAUUGUUCUGCAUAUGAAUUCCCAGCCCAAGGUUUCAAAGGUCAGAGUCCUGGGGAGCCUGAGGUACCAUAAAAGAAAAGCCCAAGUCUUUGCUCUCAGGAGGUGAGGGGGCAGUGCCUCUAGAGCUCUGGUUAGAUAAGAGGCUGACUGCUCCAGAGACCAGGGUCAUAGCUUGCCUCUCUCAAGGUGUUCAGCAUAAGAUAAAAAACAAAACAACUGGUUAGGAAGUGGCCAGUACUAGAAGGCUAAGAGAAAGCUUCCAGCACUGCUGAGGAAAAAGUAGGUGGUAAUGGGGGACUCUGGUGGUGUGACAGCCGCCCUUCCUCUUCUCAGUUAUUUUUGGUCUCAGUGACCUGCUAGUUUCCUGCUAGUGGGGUCGGAAACGGCAGGAAAAUAAUUCUCAUUACAGAAACGAAUGCCAGGACUCCGGGUCGUCACCGGUCCUCGUUCCCCGCCUCCCCGCUUUAUAACAGCAAUACUGGGAAUUGAACCAGGACCAGUUCAAUGGGUCCUGUAACCCCCCUUUUAAUUAUGUAAAAAACAAAAACACAAAGAAAAACAAAAUUGAGACGGAGUCUAGCUAAAUUGCCCACGUUGACCAUGAGCUUGCCUCUGCCUCCCGAGCAGCUAGGAUCACAGUCUGCGCGUUCCUGUCUUCCCUCUUCCUCCGCCGCCCUCGGCUCAGCCGUCUAGAAUUUUCAGGGCUUUUCUAGUCGUCCCAGGUGCUCUGUCAGUUUGACUCUUACCUCAUAACCUGUCCCUUCAUACCCACGCUGCAUGGCAAUUUUUGGAUCCCUCACUAAGCAAGUGAGUUUCUGCCUGGCCAGGACCAGUUUAUCCACAACCAGCCCUUUGAUGCAAGUCUGGAAAUGUGAUUGCAGAACCGCAGAACCCUCAGGGUUAGGUCCCUUGUCACGUGGGACCUAUCUUCCUCAUGCCCCUCCCUACGCAUGCGCCCCUCUCUCACUGCAGGUCCUGAACAAUGCUGUAAACCCCGCCCAGCCCCUCCAGAUCCACCCCCUGCUCUGGAGACCUGCAUCCUAAUUGGCGAACCAAGUGUUGGAUGUUGGCCCACUUAGGCAGGUGUUAAAUCCUCAAAGAUAACAUAAUCCACAACCAGACUACCUCUCGUUAGGGUUGUGGCCCGAACCUGGUUUUAUUUUCUGACCACUAAAGAAAUCAUCUGGCUGGAGUCUGGAUCUCAGCUGCGGUCUAACCCGGCCCUGUGUCGGUGGCAGGUCCCGGUUUAUAGGGCCUCCUUCCUCUUGGGGAAAGGCGCAGGCGCCACAUGCUUUAUCAGUAACUUCCUAGCUACCAGCCCCAGCUUAGCGCUGAGCGUCCUGCAGGGUAGGUGGGAGGGCCAAAGUGAGCGAUUUAAAGCCCAGAUCAGGCAGGGGCUCUUAGGAGUUGCCCCUUUGUUCCUUUCGGAAUGGUGCGCAGGGCUGAGCCCCCCGACGGGGGCUGGGGAUGGAUGGUGGUGCUCUCAGCGUUCUUCCAGUCGGCGCUCGUGUUUGGGGUACUCCGUUCCUUCGGUGUCUUCUUCGUGGAAUUUGUGGCGGCGUUUGAGGAGCAGGCAGCCAGAGUCUCCUGGAUCGCUUCCAUAGGGAUCGCGGUGCAGCAGUUUGGGAGCUCUGGCUGGGCCCUGACCUUCACUCCGACCAUGGCCUGCCUUUCCCGUUACUUCUCUCAGCGUCGAUCUCUGGCCAUGGGGCUGGCCCUGACUGGAGUGGGCAUCUCCUCUUUUGCAUUUGCCCCCCUCUUCCAGUGGCUGAUCAACAACUAUGCCUGGAGAGGGGCCCUCUUGCUAGUGUCUGCCCUCUCACUACACCUGAUGGCCUGUGGUGCUCUCCUCCGCCCACUCUCCCUGACUGAAGACGCUGCUGUGGGUGGCCCUGGGGCCCAGAUCACCUCUCUCCUCCGCCAUGGUCCCUUCCUCCGAUACACUGCUGCCCUCACCCUGAUCAACACUGGCUUCUUCAUUCCAUACGUCCACCUGGUGGCCCAUCUGCAGGACCUGGGCUGGGACCCACUGCCUGCGGCCUUCCUACUUUCAGUGGCUGCUGUUUCUGACCUCGUGGGGCGCGUGGCAUCUGGUUGGCUGGGAGAUGCAGUCCCAGGGCCUGUGGCCAGGCUUCUGAUGCUCUGGACCACCCUGACUGGGGUGUCACUAGCCCUGUUUCCUGUUGCUCAGGCUUCCUCAACCCUGGUAGUCCUGGCUGUGGCCUAUGGUUUCACAUCAGGAGCCCUGACCCCAGUGGCCUUCUCCGUGCUUCCUGAACUGGUGGGGACUGGAAGGAUUUACUGUGGUAUGGGACUGGUGCAGAUGAUCGAGAGUAUCGGCGGGCUGCUGGGGGCUCCUCUAUCAGGCUACCUCCGGGAUGUGACAGGCAACUACACGGCUUCUUUUGUGGUGGCCGGGGCCUUCCUACUCGCAGGAAGUGGAGUUCUUCUCACCCUGCCCCAUUUCUUCUCCUGCAUCUCAGUUUCUACCUCCAGACCCCAGGACCUUGUGAUAGAGGCAUCAGAUACCAAAAUUCCCCUGCCCAAAGAGGAGGGGCUGGGAGAGAACUAAACUCCACCGAGAGCAGUGUCAUGGAAACAGCUUGGUGGUGCCAGGUCUUUGGCCUCACCACGGCAUCUACAGAAGUACAGUGCCUUAGGAUUCUUGCUAGGAUUCUCCUCCAGAGCAGGCCCAGGGUUCCUGCAGUUUAUGUGCCAACUGUUCAUGUUCUGUUGAGGACUCACCUAUCGCCUUUGCUCUCCCGAGCUUCUCUGAAGGCUCCAGGAGAUCCCACUCCACUGAGUUCUGAAUCAAAUCUGAAAGUCAAAGGGCAAGAAUCUCCUCAUGUUUUUAUAUGUGCUAGCUGGUGUCCCUUGUAUAUCAAACAAGUAAGAGAACUGGACAAUAAUUGUAACCUCAAAAAAGAGCUGGGAACCAGGUGCUUGGGGCAGCUAAUAGGGCCAUGGCUGAGCCAAGGAGUGGAGAUGUCCAUGAACUCUGGUGACCCAGAGUUCCUCCCUCCUGUCCACUCAUCCCCCUCUUCUCCACUAUUCCUGUGACACAGGGAAAUUUUUCAGAGACAGGCCUAUGUAUGGAAGAAGGUGGCUUGAGAGCAGAGACUGGAACUGAUAAAGCUAAUGUGUGACCUAAGAGACUGAGCCUCACCAUGUAGCCCAAGCUACUCUUGAACUUGAGAACUGGCCUCCUCCCAAGUACUAGGAUCACAGGUGCACACAGCCUUACCCAGAUGGAUCUUUGUUCCUCCUAGGCUAACAAGGGCAGAUCAAAACGCAAGGAAAAAAAGUAAGGGUUGGGAGCUAGAAAGAAGAGCUCAGCUGUUAAGAGCACUUCCUGCUCUUCCAGUAUGCCAGAGCGUCAGACUAAGUGGUUCACAACCACCUAGAAUCCAGAGGAUCCGAUAUCCUCUUCUGGUAUCCGUGGGCACCCCCCCAACCUCCCCCACCUCCCACGUAACAAAUAAAAAUCGGUUUAAAGGUA